AAAAAUAUUCCUGACACAAUUCAUAAUACAAAUAUUGUAGCUAAUCAAAAUGAUUAUCAUGGCAAUUUUAAUUCUGAAAUUUUUAAAAAUCUUUUUGAAAAACUUUGUGCUGAUAUUAAAGACCAAUAUAGAUCAAUAGAUAUCCAUAUAGAUCGAGCUUGCUAUUAUAAACACCAGGCUGAACAAGUGCUAACAUCAAAUUCAAAAAAAGAUGUACUUCAUAUAUG